CUCUCGGUCCCUUCACCAGGUCACCGCUUCCUAUACAAAACCAGUCUUCUGCAGGACCUGGAGUGCAAUGGCGACGCAAACUGGCAAGCAAGGCACAGAAGACAAGCCUCUAUUUGGCAAGGUUGCCGUGGUAACAGGGGCUUCAUUUGGGAUUGGUGCGGCCAUAUCUAAAAUGUUGGCAGCAGAGGGUGCUAAAGUUGUUUUGGUAGCCAGGGGAGAAAAAAUGUUAUUAGAGACAAAAGACAAAAUCGAGAAAGAAGGUGGUGUAGCAAUAGCCGUGAAAUGUGAUGUGACAAAAAGAAACGAGGUCAAAGAAAUGAUAAAGCGUUCAGAGAGCACUUUUGGUCCGGUAGAUAUUCUUGUCAACAAUGCCGGGGUGUGGCACUUCACCUUCAUGAAAUAUGCCAAAGAAGACCUGUGGGAAGAGAUAGUUGACGUUAAAAUUAAGGGCGUCUUAAAUUGCAUCGGAGCUGUGAUCAGUGACAUGUGUGAAAGAAAAACAGGACAUAUCAUCAACAUAACAGGAGUCAGAGAUUUGCCUUUGAAAGGGUUGGCAGUGUAUUCUGGUGCGAAAUUUUUUUUGGAGGGGAUGAGCCGAACGCCGAGACAGGAGGUGUGCCAGGAGGGGGUCAAGGUGACCAAUGUCCACCUGGGUCCAGUGGACACGCCAGGACUGGCUGCCUCCGUAUCCAAUAUGGACGACGAAUGUAAGAAACUCUACAAUUUUGCCGAGAGUACCAAUCUUACUGCAGAUGCUUGUGCUCGUGCAGUUAUACAAGCUUUGAAACAACCUCAAGAUGUGGCCCUCAAUGAUGUUUGUCUCGUGCCGCAAGCGUUUGCAGUUUAG